CGGGAACGCGCGGCCGGGGAGGGGGCGGAGUCUCGCGCAGACAGUUUCUCUCGGUCAGGAGCGGACGGCGAGCUCGUUAUGGAAAGCUGUUGCUUACCGGACAGUCAAGUAAUCACCAUAGAAACUGACGUCUACCUCUGUUUUCCAAUCGUUCUAAGUCACACGAUGGAUGUUUACCACAGAAUUCACUAACACAUACUUUAUAAUGUCAAGCACAGAGGAAGAGGUCUUCUCACUGGGAGUCACUCCACUACCGGCUAGUUCUUUUCACCUGGACAACUCAACUUUUAUAUUACGUUUUGGAUAAAACUGACUUACAUAUGGAUGUUUGUACUCUUUAUUCAUAUUUUUAAAGUAAACUUGUUCCUUUGUGGGUUUUUCCAGAAAGAAAAAUGAAAUUUCCAUUUUAUUGGUUCGCUAUUAACCAAACAAAGUAAUUACUUUUUCUGAGUUUAUAAAUCCAAAUUUUUUUUGGCAUGGCUACUGAUCCAACGUGAUUGCUUGGGGACCACCAUUAGACUCAUGAGUGGGUAUACCAUGCUGCGAAAUGGGGGUUUGGGAAAUGGUGGCCAGCCCUGGAUGUUACGGUGGUCCAGUAGGAUAAGACUUUCUUGGCUCAGCUUCACAUUGUUCAUCAUCCUGGUCUUCUUCCCACUAAUUGCCCACUAUUACCUCACCACCAUUGACGAUGCUGAUGACGCAGGUAAGAAAAUGUUUGUUCCACGUACGGUUAAUGAACUCUGUGAAGUUAAGCAUGUUCAGGACCUUUGUCGCAUCCGAGAGUCAGUGAGUGAAGAGCUGCUUCAGCUGGAGGCAAAGCGGCAGGAACUUAACAGUGAGAUCGCAAAGUUAAAUCUAAAAAUUGAAGCAUGUAAAAAAAGUAUUGAGAAUGCAAAACAAGACCUCCUUCAACUAAAGAAUGUCAUCAGUCAGACAGAGCAUUCAUACAAAGAACUGAUGGCACAAAAUCAGCCAAAGCUUUCAUUACCAAUUCGGCUUUUGCCGGAAAAAGAUGAAGCUAACAUACCAUUGCCAAAGUCUAAAAGGAACUGCCGGCUGCAUAAUUGUUUUGAUUACUCUCGUUGUCCUCUUACAUCCGGGUUUCCCGUUUUUGUCUACAAUAGCGACAAAUAUCCUUUUGGGAACUUCGUGGAUCCUUUAAUUAAACAAGCCUUGGAGGCGAGUGUCAGAACUAAUGUGUACGUGACCGAAAAUGCAAAUAUUGCUUGUAUAUAUGUAGUUUUACUGGGAGAAAUGCAGGAGCCAAUGAUGCCAAAAGCUACUGACCUGGAGCAACAGUUGCACUCUCUACCGUAUUGGAGAACUGAUGGCCGCAACCAUCUAAUUAUUAAUUUAUCCAGAAAAUCUGAAACCCAAAACUAUCUUUAUAAUGUCAGCACGGGGCGUGCCAUGAUUGCCCAGUCCACCUUUUACGAUGUACAGUAUCGACCUGGUUUUGAUAUUGUGGUGUCACCCUUAGUCCAUGCAAUGUCUGAACCAAACUUUCUAGAAAUACCAUCCCAGGUACCAGUGAAAAGGAAGUACCUGUUCAGUUUUCAAGGAGAGAAAAUUGAAUCUCUCCGAUCUAGUUUGCAGGAGGCCCGUUCGUUUGAGGAAGAGAUAGAGGGCAAUGCACCAGCAGACUAUGAUGACCGCAUUAUUACCACUCUUAAAGCUGUCCAGGACAGUAAGUUGGAUUUUGUCAUGGUUGAGUUUACCUGUAAAAACCAACCUAAAGCAAGUCUGCCCACUGAGUGGGCUCUUUGUGGGGAAAGGGAAGAUAGAUUAGAGCUACUGAAGCAAUCCACUUUUGCACUGAUUAUUACACCAGGGGAUUCCCACCUUAUUAUUUCUGCUGGCAGUGCCAUGAGACUGUUUGAGGCUCUUGAGGUUGGCGCCAUACCAGUCAUCCUAGGUGAACAAGUACAGCUACCCUAUCAUGAUAUGAUUAGGUGGAAUGAGGCAGUGUUAAUAAUUCCAAAACCACGUAUCACAGAAGUACAUUUUCUCUUACGGAGCAUUUCAGAUAACGACCUUCUCUCAAUGAGGAGACAAGGACGUUUCUUGUGGGAGACCUAUUUUUCCACCUCUGACACUGUUUUUAAUACGAUCUUGGCCACCAUAAGGACUCGCAUCCAAAUUCCAGCUGCUCCCAUUAAAGAAGAGCCAGCUGUGGAGAUUCCUCACAGGUCAGGAAAAGCCGCAGGUACAGAUCCAAAUAUGGCAGACAACGGGGACUUGGAUUUGGGUCCAGUUGAAACAGAACCACCUUAUGCAUCUCCUAAAUAUCUGCGUAACUUUACGCUAACUGCAACAGAUAUCUACAGAAACUGGAAUACUGCACCUGGUCCUUUCCAUCUCUUUCCUCACACACCAUUUGACCCUCUUUUGCCGUCUGAAGCAAAGUUCCUGGGUUCUGGAACUGGAUUUCGACCUAUUGGUGGUGGUGCUGGGGGUUCUGGGAAAGAGUUCCAAGCUGCACUUGGUGGAAAUGUACCUAGGGAACAGUUCACCGUGGUUAUGUUAACAUAUGAGCGUGAGGAAGUACUAAUGAACUCCUUGGAGAGAUUAAAUGGUCUCCCAUACUUAAAUAAGGUUGUAGUAGUUUGGAACUCCCCAAAGCUGCCAUCUGAAGAUUUGCUGUGGCCCGACAUUGGAGUACCCAUAGUGGUUGUGCGCACAGAAAAGAACAGUUUAAAUAAUCGUUUCUUACCCUGGGAUGAGAUUGAAACAGAAGCUGUCCUCUCCAUUGAUGAUGAUGCCCAUCUGCGUCAUGAUGAAAUUAUGUUUGGUUUUCGUGUCUGGCGGGAGGCAAGGGAUCGAAUAGUUGGAUUUCCAGGCCGAUACCACGCAUGGGACAUCCCUCACCAGUCCUGGCUCUACAACUCCAACUACUCGUGUGAACUGUCCAUGGUACUAACAGGUGCUGCCUUCUUUCACAAGUACUACGCUUACUUAUAUUCGUACAUAAUGCCACAAGCUAUUCGUGAUAUGGUGGACGAAUACAUCAAUUGUGAGGACAUCGCCAUGAACUUCCUGGUAUCGCAUAUCACCAGAAAGCCUCCCAUUAAGGUUACUUCUCGAUGGACUUUCCGCUGUCCUGGCUGCCCUCAGGCCCUCUCACAUGACGACUCACAUUUUCACGAGCGGCACAAAUGCAUUAACUUCUUUGUAAAGGUGUAUGGAUACAUGCCACUGCUAUACACCCAGUUCCGAGUGGACUCUGUUCUCUUCAAGACUCGGCUUCCUCAUGACAAAACAAAAUGUUUCAAGUUCAUUUAACACAAUUCUGCUGGAAACGAUAUUGGGGAUGUUUAAUGCUGCCCAGAUAUUGCUUCAAGUGUUCCACUCCAAUCUUAAAGAAACCAUUAUAAACUAUGAAUCAUUGAAUUAUAACACUAAAACGUCACAUACGAUACACUGAAGGACUUUGAUCAUAUAUAUAUAGAGCGCCCAGGGAAUAAAAACAAUGAUGUAAUUAGUUUUUUUUUUUAAUUGCCAUGCAAAUCAUUUAUAUUUGCGUGAUGGGACUUUUCCUGCCUUUAUAUAGUCUCUUCUAUUGGAUAACUGUAAAAAUUCUGUUUGGUAAGGUAUGUGCAUGUGGCCGAAGCCCGUAGAACUAGCCUGCACCCAAAACAUAAUCAAUUUGGCAACCUCUUCAAAUUAGAUUGGAUAGACCGUUAGAUCAUUGUCAAAUGUGUCGUCUGUCCACUAAGAGGAUCCUUUAAUAUGGACUUUUUCAAUAAAGCACAUUUAUUCUUUUGUAGUCCCCUACCGAAGAAGGAAAUCAAGCAUUCUAUGUAUUUUACAUGUACCAUUCUGUAAAGGGAUCGAACAUCUGGGAAUUUUUCCUCCAUUACAGUCAACAAGCAGAGCUGAACCCGAGGGAAUAGUUAGAUAUCAUGUAUAAUAUCACAUCACAUCUGCCAUUUUUCCUUUUCCAAGUCGGCUUCCACAUCGUUAAGAGUAUCAAUGAAUAAAUAAAGCACAGAAUCACAUUUUCCCCACUUUGUUUGUACAUUAGUAUAUUGUUAUACAGAUCAAGAGGUAUAGAUUAUGUAUGUAGAGUCUUUGGACUGCUGUUUUCAGUAAAUAGGUAUUACGUGGGGAAAUGAUAUCUGAUUCUGAGAAAUCUUAGUAUUCCUGAACAUACAUGCUUGUUAUUCUAAACAGGACUGUCCUAUAACCAUGUGGAUAUUGAAGGAUACAGCCUGGAAGCUUUUUUAUUUUGAUUUAAAAGAACAAAUCAUAGAAUGGCUGAUUAACUAGCCCUGCCAUGAAAUCCACAGCACUGGAAGCACAUUCAACAAUUCAACUAGGUAGCAAAUGACUAUGUACAAUAUGUGUUUGUUGGCAAGAUGCUACCGUUAAUCUCAAUAAGGUAUAGCACCUUGAAAUAUACAAUCUUAGUAACUGUGGUAUAUUCGAAUUUAGCAAUUUUCUGUUGAUGUAGUUAAACAUUUUUAUAUAUGGAAAAAAUACAAACAUGCUGCUACUUCUGGUAUAUGUUGUACUAAAGUUGAAAAUGAGGCUUAUCUGCAACGUAAUUUAUAAUAAAUCUGCAAAUUCUAAUACCAAGGUUACUCAGAUUGUAUACUUUUUUUUUUUACAUUGUUUUAUUUCAAUGUAAACAAGAUUUUAUAAUAUUGGUUUCCAGAUAUAGAAAAUUCUCAUUUAGAAUCUUUUUGGAGAGAGAAAGCAAUUGUGGAUACGUUUCAUUUAGAUAGGAAGCUAUACCAAUAGAAAGAGAGGAUAAUACGUUGUGAAUCAGAUUUUCAGAGGUCCGUUUCACCCAUAAAUUUAAAAUAAUUCCGUCACGUUUUACAAAACUAUAAAAUGAGACCUAGUGAAAUGCGUUGCAAUGUCUUAACUAGCACUGGUAGUAAGGUAUGUUCUUGGCUCCCGUGCAGCCUUUUUAUUUCGUUUUUGUGAAUUCUUUUAGAUUUUGUUCACGUCCUGCACAUAUUUGUUGAUUCACAGGAUUGUGCCCACUUUUGUGCUAAACCAGAAUCAAGAUGAAACCUAGACUACAAUUAGAAUAUUGUAGCUUCUACUGUAAUCCUUUAAAGAUCAAGCACAGAUCUUUUACUAAUGCCCGUUCCCCUUCGAAUAGUCCAAUACAAAAUUUGCAUUCAAGAAUGAACUGUCUCUUUGCCACCAUUUGAUUUUUUUAUUAUUGUUUUUUUAUGUUAAAAUUGUGAUUUUUAUGGUUUAAUUUUCAACCCUCCCUUUUGUUUUUGUUAGGUUUCUUGUAAAAAAAUGUUUUAUAUUAUUCUGCAGUUGUUUACAUAUAUGCGUAAUUUUUGUGAGAAUCUGGAGUACAGAUGCUGAGAUUAGGGCAUUUAAUCUCCUAGGGACACCAAGGUUUACAUUUUCAGUUCAAUGACAUUUAGACCGUAGUAAUAUAUACACUGAUGGAUGUCUUAAUAAAGUAUCUUCUGGGUUGUUUUUA